AUAAAACGUCAGUUUGUCACUGACUUCGCUGUGGUAAGGUUGUCAUUUCGUCUAUCUGAUAACGUGAUAGAUGAAUGGAAAAUAAUUAACACCGUAGCAGCGAAGUUUAAGUGUUCAGUGACUCCGAAUAUAUUCGCCGCGUGUGUUAAAAACAAGUGUAAACCUCAAUACCAUCGUCGUUUGGACCGCCAUGAUCAAUGUGGGAAACAAAGAUGGCGGAAUAAUACCGUGAUCAUAACCAAACGCGUCGUUGUUUUGUGGCGUCGUGCGUUAUGUGCCGGGGUGGGCGCGAGCCGCAGCCGUGUCGGGGCGCGUGAGCGCGGGCGCGGGCGAUGGGCGCGCCGGGCUGAUGCCGCCGGCGGGCCGCGCGGCUAUGGCGGCCGAGGAAGCACGUCCGUCGCUGUCUCUGUUCACCGCCGUCUUCGAGUACCAGGCGCAGGGCGGGGACGAGCUGACCCUCCGCCGCGGCGAGAUCGUCGAGGUCCUGUCCAAAGACCCCAACAUCUCGGGCGACGACGGGUGGUGGACGGGAAAGAUCGGAGACCGAAUAGGCAUCUUCCCAGCUCAGUAUGUGACCGAGGAGGAUCCUUUGGCAGUGACAUCGGUUAUAGGCGAUGUGGAUCCGCCGCAAGUGUCGUUCUCGGAGCUGAAACUGGAAGAAGUGAUAGGGGUGGGGGGUUUCGGGAAGGUAUAUCGAGGCUAUUGGAACGAUGAGGUUGUGGCGGUCAAAGCGGCGCGGCAGGACGCCAACGAGGACAUUGAGGUUAUUAAAGAAAGUGUGCUGCAAGAGGCGAAGCUGUUCUGGAUGUUGCAGCACGAGAAUAUAGUGUCGUUGAAGGGUGUGUGUUUGGAGGAGCCCAACUUGUGUUUAGUGAUGGAGUACGCGCGCGGGGGCUCGCUGAACCGAGUGUUGUCCGGCAGGAAGAUCCGGCCGGGCAUCCUCGUGGACUGGGCCAUUCAGGUGGCCCGCGGGAUGGCGUAUCUGCAUGUGGAUGCACCUAUAUCACUUAUACAUCGGGAUCUCAAAAGCUCUAACGUUCUCCUGAGCGAAGCAAUCCUUCCCGACGACAACCUAGAAGACAAGACGCUCAAAAUCACUGACUUCGGGUUGGCUCGCGAGGUGUAUAAGACCACCAGGAUGUCUGCCGCGGGGACCUACGCCUGGAUGCCUCCGGAGGUGAUAAAGAACUCCACAUUCUCGCACGCGUCCGACGUGUGGUCGUACGGCGUCCUGCUCUGGGAGCUGCUGACAGGCGAGACGCCGUACAAGGGCAUCGACGCGCUGGCCGUGGCGUACGGCGUCGCCGUCAACAAGCUGACGCUGCCCAUCCCCAGCACGUGCCCCGAGCCGUGGCGGAAGCUGAUGCAAGCUUGCUGGGACUCAAGUCCACGCUCGCGGCCACUCUUCCCAGAGAUCCUGAUCCAACUAGAGCACAUCAGACAGUCAGAGUUCACGCGAGCACCCCAUGAGUCCUUCCACACCAUGCAGGAGGACUGGCGAGUCGAGAUCGAGGAGGUUCUGCGGGAACUGAGGAGGAAAGAAAAAGAACUCCGAUGUCGCGAAGAAGAACUUUCCAGAGCGCAACUCCAGCAGCGACUGAUCGAGCAGAACCUCGCGCAGAAGGAGAGGGAACUCGAGAUGAGGGAGUUUGAUCUCGCGGCCAGAGAACUGCACAUCCUUAUAGUUGCGAGCAACAUGUCUCACACGCAGCCGCCGCAGCCUAAUAAGAGGAAGGGCAAAUUUAGCAAGAUCAAACUACUCAAGAAAGAUACGAUCUCCUCUCCCGUGGACUUCCGUCACACCCUCACAGUGCGGCCUUCGGAAGACGAGUCCAGCGUCAAGCAGCUCGUCGCCGUCGCCAAGGACACCCCGCCAGGAUCACCCGCCAUCAUGCGAGCUAUCGCACUGCCAGCGGACGGCGUGAAGGGCAAGACGUGGGGCCCGUCGUCGGUGCACCAGAAGUCGCGCGGGCACCUGCCGCUGCCCGCGCUGGCGCGUCCCCGCCCCUCGCACCGCUUCUCCUCGUCCGCGCCCGACCUGCCGCCGCCGCCCACAGUACCUGGUUGUUUUGUUCCUUACGCAGACUUCAGCCCCGAGGAGUGGGGCCCUGAGUACCCGCUCAGUACGUCGUCGCGGUACACGAUACCCAUGCCCACGCUAUAUAGCACUGAAGGUUACAAAUUCAAGAAGCCAUCGAUUAUUGAGCUGGUUCUCUACAAUAUGGCGGCACUUUUGGGCGGCGUGGCGGCCGGGUACGACGUCCGAGUCAGCAACGUCAGUCCGCUACACCCCACCUUACAACCACACAGGCAGGACCUUGAGCCGGAGCCGGCGGGCGCAGCGUACGAGGGCCUCGGGUUCGCGCACAACACCUACCACGGCCCCGCCAGACACCUGCGCGCGCCGCUCAACGCCAUCACGGGCGCGCCGAUCACCAGUCUGCAAGCGGAAGAGCAGAAGCCGAUCAGAUUCACGGACUCUCCGAGCCACAACGCGCACCCCUCCUACUCCUCUUACACACAUUCCGCACAACCCCUCUCCGGCACCUCCGGUCUCGGCACCACCUACACCUCCACGCAACCCCCCACCCCCUCCCCUAGAAGAACCUCCUCGGCCACCUCCGAACACCUCGCCGAUCUCUACCACAACUAUAGAGAAAACUUCCAACCGACACAAGAACGGGACUUCUACUAUAGAGAACCUUACGGCUACGACAGGACGGCCGACUACGUAGUCAAACAUCCAUAUUUCCCGUACGAUGAGAGCUACGAAUAUAAGGAGCCCGCGCCGGACUAUAGACCACAGUUUUUAACUCACAGAAGAACACCCUCUAACUCUUCAGCAACUAACUCACAUGCAGAGGAAUUCUCCCCUUCGAGGCAGUACAGUGGGAAAUACAGUAAGAGCGAAUAUCGGACGCCUAUAACGGAAUAUCCGAGGAAAACCUCAGAUUAUUCUCUCCCUAGAGACUUCUACAGGCAAGAGGACGUCGAGCGACCAGCUAAUUUAGGUUUAGAACUCGCUCCAACAAAACUACGUUCCAGUUUAAAAAAAUACAAUAAGAAAUCGAGCGCAUCAGGAGGCAGUUCCGGCGGUGGCACACCUACUAACCCAACUCCCCCGGACAGUAUAACGAGUGAGACGGAUAGCUCGUACGUAUCGGCUAGGGAUGCCUCUACAGGCUCAGUUUCUCGAGUCCGCUUCAGCCCGGAGUCGUUGCCCGGCGGAGUGGAGAGGCGGCCCUCCAAACACUCGUAGCGAAGGCUCAAGAAGUUCGACGACUACCUGGUCUGACUGUACACGGAGGUUUAACGGCCCGUUCGCAUAGACAACUUUAGUAGAUUAUGCAGAAAGUGUGAGUGGUGAAAAAUCUAGAUGGCGCUGCACCGCUGCCGUUCAUUUUGGAGUAACUACAUGUCAACCGCUAAUGUAUGACAAUCCAUAGCCUCGAUUCAUAUCCAAUAAAUUCAGCUGCUCUUUAUCAAAUUCGAAAUAGUUUGAUAUUAAUAUUAGUAAUGAUAGUGUCAACACAACAUGUAACUUCACAGUCAACUUCGUCAUAUAAGUUUACGUUGAUUUAAAUAUCAAUAUAAAACAAAAACAUGUUUGACUAUAUUUUUUCAGCGUAUUUCACUAUAAAACGUACUACAAAACGUAUGACAUCCUACAGCGCCAUUUAGUUAACGAUAUAUUCGACUGUGUACAUCUGCUAUAAUUACAUUGUCUAUGCUGUACCAGUAGUUACUACGCGGCCAACAAUGAACUAUUUGGCACUAUCAUAGGGUUCAGUGGUAACUACUAAAAUUAGGCAGUUAUAAGCCGACCUUGUGUGAGUGUACAAUGUACAUAUAGGCGGUAGCGUGGAACGCUUGCUUUUUAGCAAAUUUUUUGCCGCGGCGGAAUUGCACUGAGAAGCAUUGUUUAAAAAAAAUAUUUUCGUUUUAAAGUAAUAUUUUCGCGGAUAAUGCUAUUAUUAACAUUAGCUGCACAAUGUUGGCAACGGUUGUGAAUGAAAUCGUAAUUAUCGAUUAUAAUUAUUAUAACUCCGCUCUAAUUGUAUUUAUAAAGAGUGUGUAUACUUUAAUAUGUAGCAAGAAAAUAUUUAACCCUUUAACCGCCAGAGUCUGAUAUAUAAGACAUUACAUAUCCAGCUCAUUUCGCCACAGUCUGAUAAAUAAGACAAAGAUCUGAUUUGGUUUUUACAGUACGUUUAUAACUCCCGUAACUAUGCCAACAUUACUCUGCAUGGUACAAUUACUGUCGGUGGCGACACGAGCACGCUCGAUCAAAAAUUGCUGGCGGUUAAAAGGUUAAAAUGGGUCACUCACUUAAAAUAAGUAUAUUAUCGCUUGUAACGACCUAAAGAACGUGAGUGACCCGAUUUAAAUAUUUAUACACAUAUACUUCGCAGGAGUUUCAUAAUUAAAAUGUAGCAAGAAAAUAACGAAAAAACAGAUAAGUACAGUUUAUAUUAUUAUUUUCUCAGUUAAUUUGAACUCUGCUUUUCAGUGGCGCCAUCUUCCGCGGCUCAAGUACGAGUGUAUACUCGAUUUAUCCCAUAAGAGGUCGUAAUUUAAAUAAGUUGCUUAGCGUUUGAGAAUAGUGUUACACCGUUACCGUGUGACGUCACGAUUAAAAUAAUAUUUAACUUAAGUGGGUGUCUUGAUCCGUGUAUAGAUGUCGCUACGUGAUCCUAAAUGUGACGUAUGUCAUUUUCGUGCCAUCAAAAUCAUCAAAACUUCAGGCAAUCACCACAAAAUAAUGUUGUCAUAUAGUAUGAUUUCAAGAUUCUUUUUUUAACACUGUGUGACUUGUGGUUGUAACAAUAUUAUGCAUAUGCAUAAUUAUUUACUUAAAACUGGGUAAACAAGGAGAGUUAGGAGAACAUAGCGACAUCUAGUUUUAUGUCGACCUCUGAAUUUGUCUCAGCUGAUCAUUGAUCUUUAUAUUAAAAAAGAGUAAACUAUAAUGUAUUACAGUGCUACUAAUUUCUCUGUUUGAUUCGUUAACUGCAACAAAUUUUCAGCUAAGGGUGGUAUUUCACCUGUCCAAUUUAUUUGUCAAAUGUCAGUCCGUCUCACUCUCUCAUUAAAGCAAAAUGUGAGAUGCAAUACACAUUGGACAGAAUUUGUAUAGGUGGAAUCCCACCCUAAUUUGUCCGCACGUAAAAUUAAUAUUUUUUUUGUCCUAAUCUCGAUUAUUCAACUAAUAAACUUUUAAACAAAAUACUUAUUGGCGGAAGAUCUAGCUAGAUUUGAUUUAAGUAUCUUCAGAUGAAAAUUUUGAUGGACAAUACUUUUCUAGUUUGAUUUAUUUAGCAGUCCGAACACUUUGAUAGUUACGUAGUUCUAUACAGCAUUCUAUCAAUGAAACCCAAAAAAUAUUCUGUUCUCUUUCUGUAUUUAUUCAAUUUUAGAAUAAAAAUGAGUGGUCAGCCCCCGGCCUUUGGGCCCAGCCUUGUAUAAAUGCAAUUGUGUUCAUUAGUAACGUGUAGAGAUGUACAUUUGUAUAAAACGUGUAUGCGUGUUUGGGUGCGUGACAGUACCUGUUACCCACUAAAUAUUACUCCCCAUAGAUGGCAGCACUUGAUUCGUAACAAAAAUAUUGACUGUCAAAUUGACUACUAUUUCUCAUAAUAUCCAGCAGUUUCAAUAGAUGGCGUUAUAGGUAAAGGUUUUGAUGUAAAAAAAAGGAAUACGCAGAAAUAAGACCAUGCUAAUGUGACGCCAUCUCCAUAUAACAAAGUACUUUUAAAUUUUGGAGUGUGCAAAUUAAAGCAGUCUUUAUGAUUUCCAACGAUAAGGACAAAUCAACUCCAUGUAAGUAUUACUAGAUUGUGCUUUGUGGGAAAAGUCAAGCUGUGAGGUUUCAUUUGGAAAGGUUAUUUGAUUUUAAAAUUAAACAUUUUCUAGUAAACAGCAACGACUCGUGUAAUUUCAGUAAUUUUUAAACAUUAUUUCUUCUAUUAAUUUAAACUAUAAAUUCAUACUCGAAAAUUGUCUUAAAAUUAAUUGAUUGAGGUAGAGUAAUGUUUUUAUACCCAGUGAUAACUAGAGGAACAAAAAGGCACAAAUAACAAAAAAUGUACAAAAUGUAAAUAUUCCCUAAAGCUGCAGCUUUCCCGGGGUUAUUCCCACUAAUUACCACCAUGUUAUUACCAGUGGUAAAAGGUGGGAAAAAAAUCCCAGUAGUUACCACUGGUAACAACUUGGUGGUAACUGGUGGGAAUAACCCCUUUCCCGGCAUUUAUUUUAUUUUGUUGCGGUGCUAGCGCACCAUUUACAUUGUUAUUUUUAUUAAAUUAUAAAUAGUACAAAUAUAUUUUUAAGUACCAUACGAACGAAUUGAGUAGAAAUUAUUUACUUUCCACAUUACGGUAACUAACAGUUAUGUACGUCGGACAGUGUAUGGAUUUUGUACAAAAUCAUAUGUUAGAUUAUUUUUUACUAAAAUAUCAGUAAAUAUAGGGUGUAGUGACCAGUUUUGUAUCCCACGAUAAUUAAUUAGGUAAAAAAAAAACUAGUCGGAGUUUUUCAAAAUGUAAAUGUACCCUAAUAUUGCAUAUCCUGCGAUUGAUAUUAUAUUCGAUAUUAUGCUUUCUGUACUCAGGAACACUGGUUUUCUAAAAGCAACUGUAUUUGUAUAGAGGAUAGGUAUGUAUUCGAAUAUCUUCUCGACUUCGAAGGCCUAUGGAGCAAUUUUUGAAAAUUAGACACACGUUAUCGUCAUCACUAAAUCUAGAUAUUGUAAUGUAUUUAUAUCAAAUUUUAAAUGUAACUUAGCUUUGAUAUUUUAGCGAAACCAGUGCCUAACGUUUGGAUCGUGAGAUUACGCAGGUUGUAAGUCUUUCCUCGGUACACUUUGUUUCUGGCCUAGGCCAGUAAAGCGAAUGUUGUGAUUAUGUAUUCGUUUUCAUUUUCGUUUCUUGUGCAAUAAUUGAAAUUGUUUUGCGUCCAUUUUAUUUUUAUUAUACUUUUAAUUUGUUAUUUAUGAAACGGAAAUCGUGAAUGUAGCAGUAUUUCAGCAGUAUUCGAGAUUCAUUACCACUAUAUUUUAUAUAAAUAUUGGAAUUUUUACAUGGGUAUGUAUGUUGUAGUAUAUUGUAUGAUUUGUUGACACGCCAGUGCCACCCUGAUGUUCAGUGCUCCGUUUCCAAACUUGUUUUUAGUGCAAGCCAAAUCCUAACCAAAUUAUUAUAAGAAUCUCUUUAUAAUAAAUAAGUUUCAAAUACCGGAGUCACAAAUUAUUAUCAAGUGAAAUGAAUUUAUUAACAGUUUUUUUAACACUGUAAAUAUAUAUGUUUAAUUAUAUUGUAUGUAUUGACUCAUGGCACGAUUACUUAAAAAUACUCUAGUCUUGAAAAAUAUUUAAUUUUAAUAUCUGGCUUGUAUGUAUUGGAGGUACGAACGGUGUAGGCAUACUUCGGGCAUUCCAUAUUUCUGUGAAAAUGACAUUCCAUAUAAUUUAAAGGAAGUGAUAUUGUGCUCAGAUGCAGUCAUUAGUCUACGGAUGUGAGAUGGUUCUUUGUGCCAAUAACAAGAAGGAAAAAUGCCUUAAGUACGUUGAAAUAAAUUGACAAAUAAAACUAGAUUAAGCUUUU